AUGGUGACGUGGCAUAUGGGUGUGAUGCCUGUAGCUGAAGUCACGUACACGGCCAUCAACGUCGCCAUGGGGAACACAAGGGCUGCGCCGUACAGCUACUGCGUCGACGCCCACGCUGGGUUGGAUGCCGAUAUCGUGUCUUGGUCCUUCGUGAGUGCCAUAAUCAAGUAGAAUACGCUUCGGAGCUCUACCAUGCCAUCUAUCUAUCGGACCAUCUGUGCUUAUUUCGGGAUCCCACUUCUCGGCGGACUCAUUAGCAAUUCUGGCUGAGUGAGCGACCGGUCAACAACCGAAGACAAAUUAAUUCUUCAGCUGACUCGUCCGCCCCAAAGCUGCGCGUACGGACGAGAGGAUACAUGGCACGCCCACGUCUCCUGGCCAUCACAACGCGGGUUGAAAUCGAUACAAACCGCUAUAGCCUCGCCGUUUUUCAUCGCUGUUCGAUAGGAGAAAACCAUCCCCUUGAUACCUUGUGGGCAUUAUGUCCCACUAGUUUAGUGUGAACGCAGCAUAUGUUGGCGAAGCCUCCUACUUCAGAUAUUUCUAUGCAUAGCGCGCAAUCAGGAAUCCUUCCCUCCGCGCAUCGUUCGCCGCUUUCGAAACGACCCAAAGAAAUUCUUCAAAUUUGUUCACUUUUCAUUUUUACGUUCCAGCCGUUAUCCCUCAUUUUCAUGGUGUCAUGUGUCCUGCCUUGCGCGGCCUGGCCGCCUGUCGCUUUUAUUCGUGUACGAAAUGCGGGGCACAACAGUCAAGAAAUCGGUUAGUUCAUACAUGGCACCAUCGUACAAUAUUGUUGGAGCCUUGCCCCAGCGUGUGCCCCUCCCGGUAGCAACAAAAAAUCCAGUUUUGACUUUGCAGUCUGGUUUUCGAUUUGAGUAUGCCGCACAGCUCUUUGCGGAGGACGGGGAGGAAGUCAAUCAGGAAUGGCUUUCUACAGUUUUGGAUAAAGUUGCUGAACAACUAGACUCCGCCGUAGAAGGCCCGGACUAUCUGCCGCACACGGGCCAUAUCGACUUCCGAGAGGCUCAGAAAGCGUUCAAAGUACUGCAGAAACAAGUAGUGUUUACUAGAGUCGAUAAGGCUGCAAACUGUAUUUGUGUUAUGUGUAAGGCUUGUUAUAUUAGACUAGCGUAAACGGAAGUUAAUGGGGAGGGAUACGAAAAAAUGACUGGGGGCACAUUUGAAGAAAUGAAGGAAACCAUCACCACACGGCAACUAAAAUUUCUGGAAGAUGAACAUCUACCGACCCCUAAAGAAUUUUCCAGAUCCCAAACACGACAAGACGAAAGUCUAGGAAAACCCAUAAACAACCUACCAGAUACCUGCUGCCGAAACUUCAUAAAGAUAUGGUAGCUUGUCGAAGUACAACCACAUGCUGUGCUACUACUACGGAAGGGGCAGGACGAAUAGCACAUGCUUGUUUCGCUGAAAUAUUACGAUGCACUGUGGAGAGAAGUUGGAAGCUCCAUCGGAAUUGAUUCAGAACGAUCCUGGAUCACGUAAGGUGGGACGAAAUUCUGGAGGUUCUGACCGGGGCAGAUCAGAUAGCGCGUUACACUGGUGACUAUUCGCCACACACUGUAGAAACGUAUGAUUUUGUGGCUAUGUAUGCUAACAUUCCUUGCCCACCCUUAUAGUCCAAUUGAAAGAAUUCAUUGAUCUGGUGUGUGAUUUCCAACUCCGGGAUUCUGAGUUUCGUUCAAUUUCUGUUCCGUGUGGUAUUUAAGGAUAGCUCUCCGCUCGUUAAAAAGGAAGAUGUACAUUGGUCCAAGCAGGAACCAGUUCCAGUAGACAAGGACAACAAGAAGGGGAAGACGUUUCUUAGUGGGAAAGAUCGUCUAUGCCGAUGGUUUGAGUUUGUUCUGACGGAAGGGUUCUCAGGCACGUAUGUAUGAUAAACGAGAUACUAUGAGCUCUUUGAAGUCGUAUCGUAGGUUUCCCCACAUUGAGACUAAAAUAAGUCACCGCUCAAGGAAAACACCUGUAUAUAUUCCGAAUCCCUUUAUUUCAGAUGUCAGAGUACAGUUUUGGUAUGGUGUUGAGCACAACAUUUGGUACCGUAUUCGUCAUGGGGGGAUUCAUGAAGUUUAACUGUAAGAAUAAGAGUGGAGAUAGGAGCAACAUGAUAGGAUGUAUUUUGUCGAUGGAAGUACAGAUAACCAACGAUGUUGGUAUCAACGCAGGUAGCCACUGUGGUAUCAAUCAGGAUGUGAGGAUUGAUUUGAACGUACUUUUAGAGACAUGAGGAUGGUUGAAUGGAACUCAAUGGUUUU